UGGGUUUGUAUUUUAUUCCAUGCCAUCCAGCCACUACACUUCUUAGAACAAGAACAUCGUCUUCCCCAAUGCCCCCUCCAUGGAUUUCCCCGACAAUUUUUGGCAUAAUCUGGGAGAAAUGCCAUCAUAAGAAGGGCCACUGAAUGGCCUCACAUUCCCUCCGGCGUCAACAUAGUUUUUUCCUCUGUUCUAGGAGCUUGAAGAGAGCAACCAUGGGAGGCUCCAAACCGGAGAAAGAUGUGCUCAAACUGGUGCAUCCCGGCAGGCAAGUGGAGAUUCACAGAGAGCCCAUAACAGCGGCUGAGGUGAUGAGGAGGAACCCCAGGCAUUGCGUUGCUCGCCCUGAUGUUUUCAAGUUCCCUUGGAUUGUGAAGGCCAGAAGGCUCGACAGCCAGCCAUCUUCGCGUGGAAAUCAGCCUGCGAAGAAGAGCCACGAUCAUCAUCUUGCCCCAAAACAGGCUUCACCUCACAAAUCAAGGGCCCUCCAUGGCCAGACUACAAAGAGUUAUGACCAUCAUCUUCUUGAUCCUAACAAAAGUUGGCCUCACAAGUCAAGUGCGAGGCAGAACCAGUCCCCACAGGACUACGAUCAUCAUCUUCCACCCAUAAGAACUUCAGGGAAAGACCAGUCUCCAGAGAAUCAUGGCCAUCGUCUUGCCCCAAAACGAACUUCGCUUCAUAUGUCACAGGCAGGGAGAAGCCGGUCUCCAGAGAAGCAUGGUCAUGGCCAUCGUCCAGCUUCGAUAAGACGUUUACUUUGCGUGCCCAGCACGACAAAGAAUCAGGCUCCAACUAAUCAUGAUCAUCAUCUUGCUUGUAUACGAGCUUCAGAGAAAAAGCAGUCCCCAGAGAACAGUGAUCGGGGUCUUGUUCCUAUACGACCUUCGCCUCACACUACCUGUGCAGGGAAAAACCCAUCUCCAGAUCAAAACCAUGGUCGUCGUCUCGAUCCUAUAAGAACUUCACUUCUCAUGUCCUACAGGGAAAAAAACCAGUCUCCAGUGAAUCAUGAUGAUGGUCAUUGUCUUGCUCCUAUACGAACUUCAAGGAAAAAUCAUUCUCCUGAGAACCAUGAUAGCAGCCUUCCUCUUAUACGAAAUUCAGUUCAAAUGGCAUCUGAAGAGAAAAACCAGUCUCCGGAGAAUCAUGGCCAUCAUCUUGCCCCCAUAAAAACAUCUGGGAAAAACCAGAGUCAUCCUUCUCCUUCACAAAUUUCGCCUCACAGGUUAUGUGCCGGUGUAACACCAAAGCACCAAAACCAUUACAGAGACAUUAACAAACAAAUUACUCAUCGAUCACUCUGGGAUGGAGUGAGUUCUGAGGAAGAUGACUCGCAUGGGAGUUGCUCACCACAACCCAACCAUGAGCAAUGCCUUAAGAAACAUGCUUGCCAUUCACCCUGGGAUGAGGUGAGUUCUGAGGAAGCUGGAGACUUGGAUGGAAGUCACGUGGGCCAAUCCUGCCCCGAGGGAUUGCCCGAAGUGAUUUACAAGAUCAUAAACAUCUACCAAGAAAUGAAAUACGAAAAACCUGGAGGACCAACACUAGAGACAGGAUCAUUUUGGACAAAACCAUAUCACGGCAACAGAAGUAUCACUUCUGCAGCAUCGGCUAUAAGUGGCAACCAUCAUACAGAGAUUCGAAGUCAAGAACAAGUUAAUGUAUUGAAAUCUUGUCUAAGGAAGCAUGACUGUGUUUGUAAGCCCCAGAAUCUUAAGGUGACCUUUAGCUUCCCCAUAGCGACAGCUUGUGGAGAGUCACCAAGCUUCAAACAGAACUUCUAGCCUUUCAAUCUGUUGAGAGUUAUGGAUCUCACCAUUUCUCAAAUUUUCAAAUCUUAAUACAAUUUAGACUCAUAUAUAAGGCUGCUAUGCCUCGUUUUAUACCAUUUCAUCAAGUUGAUUGUUUCAAAUUUGCAAUUCCUAUCUCAUCACUUGCGUU